UUACGCUGUGACGUCACUUUAUUUGUCAACUUUGGAAAUGGACAUCGCUGGUUCGAUGUGCAUGACUUAUGAGGCCGCUGAUCUAGAAUACGAAGAGUUCCCACAAUGCAAUGAUCCAGUAACGCUUCUCGGAGAGAAAUACAGCACCAUAUAUGAUCUAGAAGACAUAAAACAUGACUUUCUCUCAAGACUGUGGUUCACUUAUAGGAGAGGAUUCUCACCAAUAGGAGGCACAGGGCCUACAGGGGACACAGGAUGGGGAUGUAUGUUAAGAUGUGGGCAGAUGAUGCUAGCUCAAGCACUCCUCCUACGUCACCUAGGUAGAGAUUGGAGAUGGCAGACAGAGAAAUAUGACCCUAAAUAUUGGGAGAUUGUGCGCAUGUUCCAAGACAAGAAAAAUUGCUGCUAUUCUAUUCAUCAAAUAGCUUCAAUGGGUGUGUCAGAGGGAAAGUCAGUAGGCCAGUGGUAUGGGCCAAACACUAUAGCCCAAGUCAUGAAGAAACUUGCAGUAUACGAUGAAUGGUCUUCACUAGUUGUACAUGUUGCCAUGGAUAACACAGUCAUAGAGGAUGAUAUUAGAGUAUUAUGUAGCUGCAAACCGAAUCCAAACAUUGAAGAGUUCAUGCUAGGCGAUAAAACAAACACUAAAAACAAUAAACAAAAACAAAAUAAACAAAAAGAUUCCACUAGUGCAAAAACAAACAAUUUAUUAACAAAUGGAGACUGUUCAAAUUCAAAUAUCUCAAGUCAAGGUCAGUCAUGUCAAGGUGAAGGUCGUGUGGAACCUAACAAGUGGCGACCUCUAUUGUUGAUCAUUCCAUUGAGAUUAGGGCUGACGGAUAUAAAUAUGGUUUAUGCUGAGAGUCUUAAGACUUGCUUAAGCUUCAGACAGUCAGUAGGAUUCAUAGGUGGCAAACCCAACCAUGCAUUAUGGUUCAAUGGACAUUUCCGUGAUGAAUUGAUCUAUCUCGACCCCCACACCACCCAGCCUGCAGUGAACCUGGACAGUAUGGGGAAGACCAGUGAUGAGACGUAUCACUGUCCAUAUACAAGCAGAAUGAGGAUUAAGGACCUAGACCCCUCAGUUGCUGUGGGGUUUUUCUGUGCAAAUGAAGCUGAUUUCAAUGACUUGUGCCAAACCAUCAACAAAUUUAUUCUAUCUGGAGAGAAAACUCCAAUGUUUGAACUCCACAAGAAACGUCCUGCCCACUGGCCUCCUUUUGAACCUCACGCUAAUCUAGCAGCAGGAGGUCCAUCUAGUGAUUAUGUAGAGAUUCAUGACAGACAAUAUGAUUCUGAUGAUGAAUUUGAGUUACUAUAGCAACCUGAGAUAUAACAAAAAAACAACAAACUAGCAUAUAUAGUUAUAUUUGCAGUCCAGACAAAACAAUUAAAAUACUUUAGAACCUAAGAGGGAACAUGUAACCCAGCAACUUAAACAACAAAUAUAGUAAGACAAGUUACUAUAGCAACAGAGACACAGAAAACAAGAACAAAUUACUAUAGCAACAGAGACAACAAACCAUUCUUGUAAGGAGAUUGACACAGAUAUAAUUUGUUAUUUUCAAUUACCUUUCAAAAUAAAGCUGUGAAAAUACAUGUAGGCUAUUAUACUCUUGUCUCAUGAUCAAAUCUGGAUUUUGCCUGUAUGUAUCUGACAUGCAUAUAUAAUGAUUGACAUUUACAAUGUGUACAUAAUUUAUUCCUGUGUCCUACAUAUACA